GGUGAGGGGCCCAGGUUCCUGACACAGACGAUACCUAGGGAACGAAGAGCAAACGCCAUGUUGGGGCCAUCAUCACCACUCAGAUCCCUCUUAUUCCUGCAGCUCCUUCUGCUGGGGGUGGGAUUGAACACAACAGUCCUGACGCUCAAUGGGAAUGAAGACAUCACAGCUGAUUUCUUCCGGAUCUCUAUGCCUCCUAGGUCCCUCAAUGUUUCCUCCCUGCCCCUCCCAGAGGUUCAGUGUUUUGUGUUCAAUGUUGAAUACAUGAACUGUACUUGGAACAUCAGCUCUGAGCCUCAGCCUACCAACCUGACUCUGCGCUAUUGGUACAAGAACUCUGAUAAUGAUGUCCAGGAGUGUGGCCAUUAUCUAUUCUCCGAAGAGAUUAGUUUUGGCUGUUGGUUACAAAAAAAGGAAAUCCAUCUCUACCAAACAUUUGUUGUCCAGCUUCAGGACCCACGGGAACCCAUGAGGCAGGCUACACAGAUACUGAAACUGCAGAAUCUGGUGAUCCCCUGGGCUCCAAAGAAUCUAACCCUUCGCAACUUGAGUGACUCUCAGCUAGAACUGAGCUGGAACAACACAUACUUGGACCAUUGCUUGGAGCACCUGGUGCAGUACCGGAGUGACCGGGACCACAGCUGGACUGAACAAUCAGUGGAUCACAGACAUCACUUCUCCCUACCUAGUGUGGAUGGGCAGAAACUCUACACAUUCCGUGUUCGGAGCCGCUUUAACCCACUCUGUGGAAGUGCUCAGCAUUGGAGUGAAUGGAGCCAUCCAAUCCACUGGGGAAGCAAUACUUCAAAGGAAAAUCCUUCGUUGUAUUCCUUCCCAGCCUUUUGGCUAACGUCAAGUGGGGAGAAUCCUUCAUUUUUUACACUGGAAGCUGUGCUUAUCCCCCUUGGUUCUAUGGGAUUGAUUAUUUGCCUCAUCUGUGUGUAUUGCUGGCUGGAACGGACAAUGCCCCGAAUUCCCACCCUCAAGAACCUAGAGGAUCUUGUUACUGAAUACCAUGGGAACUUUUCGGCCUGGAGUGGUGUGUCUAAGGGAUUGGCGGAGAGUCUGCAGCCAGACUACAGUGAAAGACUCUGCCUCGUCAGUGAGAUUCCUUCAAAAGGAGGGACCCUUGGGGAGGGACCUGGGGGCUCCCCUGGCAACCAGCAUAGCCCCUACUGGGCCCCCCCAUGCUAUACCCUGAAGCCUGAAACCUGAGCCCUGACCCCCUAACAGAAACCCAAGGAACUAUAGGCACUAACUUCCCUUUAUCCAACCAGUCUUGGUCUGACCCCUCUGUGGCUGAUAUUAAAUAUUGUGCCCCUGUGUAACUGUCCCUUUAUUCAGUAUCCCCUAUUUGAAAAUUGCCCCUUUGCCCUGUACAUGUUUUUCAUCUCCCUCAAUCUAGCCCUUCAUUUUCUCCCUCCAUCCCUGUUUCCAUUUACCCUUCAAUUGUUCCUGAAUUAAAGAUAAAUAAAGUUU